GCGUUUGUGGUAUUUUGGUGUGUGGAUUGAGCUAAAUUCGUUUUGUUUUGGUUUUCGUUAUAGAUAUAUUUAGUGUUUUAACUUUAAUUUUAAAUAAUAAAUGUGAGACGCGUUUACGGUGUUGAUUUCUGUGUACAUAUACUUAUUGUUUAAUCAGAAAAUAUUGUUAGACUGCCGUUGAUGCGAAUCUGUAUUCGUAAACAAUAAUCACAACCUUAAUUCGUUGAUGAUUAUAAAGUUUCUUCUUUUAAAACGUAUGUUCAAUUUUGUGAGAUAUUUUCUUUUUUAUGCAACAAACUAAAGGCCUAUCCUUGACGGCACAAUGAAGAGUAGAAGCUUAGCCGGGAACUGUGGCAUUGGUGUGUUUGUCAUUGCCCUUGUUGCAGUGGCAUUGGCAUUUGGCACGCCUAAUUGGUUGGUCAGCGAUUCGAGAAUAAGAAGCGCUAGGUUAGACAGGUUAGGAUUAUGGAGCCACUGCUUCAGAUCACUCCCAGAUCCGUUAGAUCAAUAUCAAAGAAGGUUCUUCGUGGGAUGUCGUUGGGUUUACGAUCCGUUUACGACCGGCUAUGAUAAAAUUCGUGGCUAUUUGCUUCCAGGGUUCAUGGUAGCAACUCAAUUUUUCUUCACGUUGUGCCUACUUGGAGUAUUGGUUUCGGCAAUUUUAGUUUUGAUUUUCUUUCUAUGUUGUAGUCCUGACCAAAGCAGGUUCAUUAUACUUAUAAAAAGUAUUGGCUAUAUUAUGUUGGGAGCGGGUAUAUGUGGAGUUAUUGCGGUUAUCGUAUUUGCCUCUUUGGGAAAUACAGACGGGUGGAUGCCGGACCACCCAAACAAUUAUUUUGGAUGGUCAUUCGGGUUAGGCGUAGUAGGGGCAGUAGCUUGUAUCAUAACAGCUGCUCUGUUCUUAACUGAAGCUAACAUACAAUUGAAGAAACGCGAAAAGUUAAAGGAAUCUCAAGCACGAUUUGAAUUGGAAUAUGAAUCGAAAGCUUAAUAAUUAUGUCAUGUGUUCAAAUAGUAAGUUUAAUCUCUAAGAACUUUCAGUGCCUGUAGCUUUACAUUUUGUAGAUAGUUAAAGUAUCUGAUCUGAUCUUAAGAUUUUAUAUCGAUAACUUAUCUUUUUCUCGUCUCGGAGAAGAACACAGUUGUUGUUGUUCAUAUUAGAACACAAAUGCUAUUAACAUAAAUAGAUAAAAAACCACUGAGCACGAAUAGCAAUCUUAUGUAUUAAUACACGAUGAAGUAGUGUUUUGGAUAUAUUUUUAAUUAUAAUGAUUAAAGCAUGAAUUAAUGUCGUACAAAAUAUUGCAACGAUUAUUGCAUAAUUAUUCACUCGAAAUUGUUAUGGUAACUAUUGAAAUACAGUAGGUAAUCACUAAAAUGUAGAUUUAAAACCAGGCCUUAUUUAGCGACAUUGUCCCGAUAUAUCAAGGGUUGUUUCGAAUUUGGCCGUUGUUCCUGACCGAAAUAUUGACAAAUUUAGAUUAUUAUUAGAGAUGCGCCUAAUAGUGGUUUUGCCGAAUAACCAAUUACCGAAUACUAUUCGGUUUAACCUUUACCGAACUGAAUAUUUGACCGAAUUAUUCGGUUUACCAUUAAUUGUUUACCGGCGAAAACAGGUUUGAAAACAAUAAUUGAUUUGAAGUUUAAUUGCUUUAUUUUAUUAGCUUUAUUGAAUAAAUUCAUCACAAGACUUACUCAAGUAAUAUUGUAACAUGAAGCUUACAUAGAAAGUUUUGUCUUUUAGUACUAUACCGUGUUGUGUAGCCAAGAAAAUAGAAAUACUCAAACCGAACAUAUUCGGCACCAAAACCGAAUAAUUUGGACGAAUAAAAAUAGUGAAAAAGAUGCCGAAUACCAAUGUAUAUUUGGCGCAUCUCUAAUUAUUAUUAUAUUGAGCUUUCGUUUCCCAUUCAAAGCGCAACGAAACUAAUGAAGCGACAAAGAGAUUCGUGUGCGUGUGAGAAAAAACUAGUUUUUUAUAUUCUACAUGACAAAAAGUCCUAGUUUUAUCAAACUGCUAUUAACUGAUCAUUAAUUAAAAUCAGAAACGAAAACCUGUUCAAGUGACAUUCAAGGUAGCUUAAGUACGGUUUGAGACGUGCUUAACUUUAUAUUCUGAAUUCAGAAACCGAGUGAAAAUCAAUCAAUCAUCAUCUAUUGUUAAGUUUACCUGACGUACUAGAUUGUGUAGGUAUUUAAUUUUAGGUGUU